CUCCUCAACGGCAGCGCUGGGGGAGGGCCUCACGCAUGCGCUCCUCGGGUCAGGAACAGCUUUGGGGAGAAAAGGUUCAGUCCCAGAUACAGUUGGGGCGGGAGUGAGCUGGAGGCGGAGCUGGAUGAUCAAAGCCAUUUCCCUGCUCUGUCUGUCAUUCAGUUUCCUCUCCGGACCCGCCCCUCACUCUCUGUCAGCCCUUUCUCAGUCAGGUCGGACCGGGCUGUAUAAAAAAGGAAGGGGAGGCAGCUCGGCUCUCAUUCGACAGCGAUUGGAGUGGAGAAGCGUGAUGUCUGGAAGAGGCAAAGGAGGUAAAGGCCUGGGAAAAGGCGGAGCGAAGCGGCACCGCAAAGUGCUCCGUGAUAACAUCCAGGGUAUCACCAAACCAGCCAUCCGGCGCCUGGCUCGCCGUGGCGGGGUCAAGCGUAUCUCGGGCUUGAUCUACGAGGAGACCCGCGGGGUGCUGAAGGUUUUCCUGGAGAAUGUGAUCAGGGAUGCGGUCACCUACACUGAACACGCCAAGCGCAAGACGGUCACCGCCAUGGAUGUGGUGUACGCUCUGAAACGCCAGGGCCGCACUCUCUAUGGAUUCGGCGGCUGAGUAUAAUAAAGCGACCCUUUUCCAGCGAACCCAAAGGCUCUUUUCAGAGCCACUCAAACCCUCCGAUAGAGAGCGGAGACCUGAGGACGGGGAAGGCAGCGCAUGCUGAGAGGAACGUCACGUUUAUUUCACGUUAGCUGGUUAUUUCACGUUUAUCGCGACUUUUAAAAUUAUUUCAGUUCUGAAAAUAUACUAAUACUGUGUUCCGCAGUACGGCAGAGCAUUCGGUGUGGACAGUUCACUUUGUUGCUGUUUACCGUGCCCGGUGAAUUUAUAAUUGCAAGUAUUCCUACCAUGUAGAUAAGAGGCUAUUCGGCCAAUCGAGACUCUACUGUUGUGCAACCUGGUUAGUCCAUGUAAAGAAUCGCAUCGUGACUUGAAAUUGUAAAUGUAGCAGCAGCAUUAGCCCAUUCUGCCAAUCCAGCUUGUUCUGCCAUGGGUGAUAUUUCUCAAACUUAUUCUCGUGCCUGCUCCCCGUGACCGUCGAUCGUCUUUUUCGUGAAUAUCUGUCCAUCCCAGUAAUAAUAUCAAUGUGUACCUGGCUGUCCUAUGCCAUAAAUAAUAAUUUGUUUUUAUUUAUUAUGGAAUCCAGUCAUUAAUGCUAUGUAUUACAGUAAUUAUAUUGCCCAGGCAUAACACUCUGGGAGCCUGCGGAUGUGUUUAUGUGGCGCGUUUUUUCCAUCUGCCCGUUCAGGCAGGGAUUACAAAUUGUCUUCGGGCAAGUAAUAGUCUGGAUGAAAUAAAAGUUAUUGAUCAAGUGUGGUUCUGUAAUUUUAUCAGUGUACAGUUUUAGCUUUUAGGAUGUUUAAAUCGGCGGUUUUUCGAUUGAUUCACGGCGGAUACAAGUUCAGUUGCUCAUCCAGAGAGAGUAGGAAGCGAUAAGGGAUAUUAGUACUGUAUUUUUCUUGGAAUUUAGUUAAAAACAAAACGGAAGGC